AUGUUACAGUUGUCUGAUCAAAUGGAUAUCCUGAAAAUUCGGCAACGUGUUCCUCUUGGCGAUAACAAACGUGUCGUCAACGUAACGGUGCCAAAAUAUCGGGCGCUGUUGUGUGAAGGCAAUCUUUUUCAGCUCUUGCAGGAACAAUUCUGCUACUAUGAUGAAAUGGAACCGACAAAGUCAAAGGAGAUAGAAAUAGCCACCACAAUCUUUGCGACAGACGAGGACACCAAGGAAGGCCAGCUGGUUGUUCUAUUCUUCCUCCAUCGUAAACUGGAUGUUCGGGAAGACGCUGUUGAGACGUUCCUUGAACGUGAACAGCUCCUGAAGUUCUGUCUCAGGACGUGCUUCACGUUUGACGGAAAAAUCUAUAAGCAGGUGAACGGGACACCGAUGUGUUCACCGAUUUCGGGACUCAUAGCCGAGGCGGUCCUACAACGGCUGGAGUCGCUGGUCUCCCAACACCACAGACCGAAAUUCUGGGAGCGGUAUGUGGAUGACACCUUCGUCGUCAUCGAACGGGCUCAGGUGCUCACGUUUGCCGUUUGCACACACCAUGUGCCUUAA